UCAGUAUCAUUCAAAUUAAUUUUGUCAUUGGUGAUAUCUGAUUAUUCUAAAUUUGUGUAUUAUACAAAUUUUGUGUCCAAAUUAACAAAAAAUCAUGGAGUAUAAAUUUGAAUUUAGUUCGAACAGACUAGAUUACGAAAUUGAGGAUCUCAUUGGAACUGGACGAAUUGCAAAAGUUUACAAAGCGACCUAUAAAAAGAGAAUUCCUGUUGCUAUAAAAGAGAUUGACAAAGAUUUCAUCACCCGUUUGGGCCUAUUUAGUAAAUUAGCACAAGAGAUUUCAACUCUUGCCAGUUUAAAGCAUCCUUCCAUUAUACAAUUGUACACCUAUUUUGAAGAUGGAGGUUUAAUUUACAUAGUUUUGGAACUGUGCGUGUAUGGAAAGCUUGAAGAUUACAUAAAAAUAAAGAAUUUAGAUGAAGAUGAAGUUCGUUAUAUUAUGAAACAAGCAGUUGAAGGAAUACGAUAUCUUCACUCCAAGAAUAUAGUUUAUGGCGACUUAUCUCUAUCGAAUAUUUUAGUUACAAAAGGCAUGACUAUAAAAAUUGCUGAUUUUGGUUCAUCGAAGCAUAUUUGGAAUGAUCCAUUCCAACCUAAGUCCAUGUGGGGAUCAUUUGACUUUAUAUCGCCAGAAAUAGUCACAAAUGAAAGUGCUGGAUACGAAACUGAUAUAUGGAGUUUAGGGUGUCUCUUGUAUACACUUCUAGUUGGGACGCCGCCAUUUGAAACUCUCAACAUGCAAAAAACAUUUAAGAGAAUUGAAGUCGGUGAAUACUACAUGCCGAAGAAUUUGUCUCCAGAAGCGAAAGACCUCAUCAGAAGGAUGCUCCGGAAAGAUCCUCAGGAGCGAAUAAGCUUAAAUGACGUAUUGUCUCAUCCUUUUUUUCAAAAAUUAUUUGUGAUGAAGACACCAUUUUCAUCUAUGAAUAAGGGAUUGUCUCAAGAUGAUGUUUUUUCUGUUGACAGGAUAGUGCAUACUACUGAGCGCAUAAUUAUAAAUAAAAUGCCAAAUAAUCCUUUAAAUUUCAUGGCCAAUGGAGUUAACUCGCCAAGAUCCGGCGAAUAUUCAUCCAUUGGUGUUAAUUAUCCAACAUGUUCAAAUCAUGAUAUUUGUAAAUAUGAAAAUCCUAUUGAUAGAAUGUGUAAUGGCCUCACGCCGUUGAAAACAUACUACAGCAAAAAUGAUAUAUUCCCGGCAUUACCGGCACCUUUGCAUGAGAGAUAUCUGAAAGAAAAGAGACCUAGAACGAAGCAUACUCUGCAUAAUAUUACUCAAGAAAAUCAAAACUUGGAAAAGACAAAAAGUAAACACAAUGGAAGUCGUAUUUUUCCAAAUAUACAUAUGGCUCCAUCAAUAAGCCACUACACCGAGGAAUUUGUACCAAAAUUGACUCCACGUCAAAGUAGUAAUCUAUGUAAAUCUUCUAAUGAAGAAGGGUGUUCUAUGGUACACAAAAGACAUAUAAUAUAAUGCCAGACAAACCAUAUCAAGUAAUAUUUCGUGAAGUCGACAUUAUAAUACAUGAUGUAGUAAUUGUAUCUUGAGACAAACUUUGACAAAAAAUAGUAUAACUAAUAUAUGUAAAUAAAUGUAACGAAAUAAAGUUUUUACCUGUAA